CAUUCGCUGAAUUUAAGGUGUCAUUAACUAAUAAAAGUGCCAAAAUUAAGCAGAAAUUUUUCCACACAACAACAAAGCUUAAUUUGUUUAUCAAACAAAACCAGCCCACUCGCAAAUUUCUUUGGUUAAACGCGUAAAAGUAAAAGGCUUCAAAGUGUUGAACUUACCACAAUUGUAUUUGCAAGCCAACUCAGGUUCGUCAAGAAGUCAAGCGACUAGCAAAAUGCCCGUGCAUGAAUUUAAAGUGGAGAUGACUUGCUCUGGUUGUUCCGGUGCAGUGGAAAGAGUAUUGGGCAAACUAGGAGAUAAAGUGGAAAAAGUAAGUAUUGACUUGGAUGAGAAAACUGUGCUGGUUACCUCGAAUCUAUCAGGCGAGGAGCUAUUAGAGGUCAUUAAGAAAACCGGCAAAUCGGCUCAAUAUGUGGGUGUGAAAGAAUGAAACGAAAUGUUUUGCAAAUUUCGCAAAAUAGCUAAAUUAAAAUUAGAAGUUUAAAAAACUUUUCUCUUUUUUUUUCGUUAAAAAAAUAUAAAUUAUAAAACACUACUUCUACUAUACUUUUUUUUAAAUAAUUUACUCUCUAUAUAAUUAUGUGCAAGCAAUUUACUUUAUUUUAAUAUAAAAUAUAUAUUUAUAACUGCAUGUAUAUUGAUUUUGUUAUAAAAAUUAAUUAAAAACGUA